AUGGACCCACCUCCUCCCGCUCCUCCUCCUCAACCCCAAAUCUCCGCCGUCCAAUCCACCACCCCCCGCCAUGAAAACCCAAUCGCCGCCGUCGAAAACCCCAAGAAAAAGGGCAAGAAGAAGCUCUUCAAGGACAGCGCUUCGGUUUCGUCCUCCUCCUCCUCUGCUUCGACUUCAACUUCCGGGUUCUCCGUCAGAGGAGCCAUGCGCGUGGCGUGCAAGCGCCGAGGGCCGAAGGUGGUUGUCAAUGCGGCGCGGCGGAACCCUAGUUCCGAUGAUAUAGGGCAUCUGGUGGGGAUGUCAAUUGGCCUGGUUGUUACUCAGAUUCUGGAAAGUAUUGGUGAGCGAGGUGGAGGGAUGUCUUCUGAUCAUCUUGUCAAGAUGUGUGCUUCAGCUCUCAGAGAAUCUUUAGCGAAUGAUUUUGGGAACACGUUUGAUUGUUUUAUCGAUAAAUUUGAACAAUCAUUUGGAAGCACCUUAAGAACUCGUAAGUCAAUCAAAGAAUCAUCCGAAGAUAACACAAGAUAUAUCUCCAGCAAGCAAAACAUGGAAGAAUAUAGUCCACAUGUCACUCAUGAUGAACAAGAUGACUGUCUAAGAAGGGAAGCUUGUAGAAGCAGUUCCAGUACAGAAGAUUCUCACUCAAAAGAAGUGAACCACAGUACAGCAACUGAGGUUCGAUUCAAUUAUAGAGAUCAAUUGCUUCAUAAUAUGCUGACAAACCCUGUAAAUCUGGAGGUUGCCCUGCAUGGCCAAACCAAUCAAUUGGCGUGUAUUGCCCCGAGAACUGUUGAGUCUGUGACUAACCGAUUCAUGGUUAACAUGGAGCGUGCUAAUGAGCUGAAGGAAUUGGAGCUUCGUCUGAAAUUGGAGAAGUUGGAGGUAAAUAAGGAACAGGUAGCUCUCGGUUAUGAUUCAAAUCAUCUGGAGAGAUCAAAAAUAGCUAUGGGUAGAUCAAAGGCAUCCUUCAAAGCUGAAAAAUUCAAGACUCAAUUAGAAGACACUAGACACUCUGAGCUCCUUAGAAAGUGCAUCGACUGUCUAGUUGCUGGAAUAUUUGUCAUGGCUGCAGCCCUGUUCUAUGGUACUUAUGUGUAUUCAUACAGAAGAAUAAGGGAAGCCACUACAUCCUGUACACCUUCACAGCACUUGGACAUCUUUGAAGAAGCUAUAAGAGCAUCUCCAACCCAUGCUGCUUGUAGCAUGCUGGGUCUCCAAUUAAUAUGGCAAUUCAGGAUUCAAAGUCUUGGUGGAAUCCCAUGUCAUCUUUCAAUUCAGGUUAUCAAGUUCUAAGGUGUCAGGCUGUGGUAGUGAGUCGGAUGGUGUUUGGUUUCUUCAUGAUUUUUGCAAUUGCUUAUUUGAUCCUCCAGCGCUCGGCAGGUUCGAAACAUACUAUGCCAGUUACUUUCAUAGUCUUGCUGUUGGGAAUUGCCUGCGGUUGGGCGGGCAAGUUUUGUGUAGACACAUUGGGAGGGAGUGGAUAUCACUGGCUUAUAUUCUGGGAGACUCUUUGCCUGCUGCAUUUCUUUUGCAAUGUCUUUACAUCAGUUUUGUUCCAUAUCCUGCAUGGACCCAUUGAUGUCUCUCCAGGGACGAAAGGAAAUUCAAUAUUUCCUUACUGGAUACGCAGAUUGGUGUUUUACGGCAUUACAUUCUUGUUUCUGCCAUUGCUUUGUGGCCUUUUGCCUUUUGCGAGCCUUGGUG